CGCCUCGGAGGACUCUCCUGGGAGGACUCCUCGGAGGAUGCCUCGGAGGACUCCUCGCAGGACAAUCCUUGAAGGACGCCUCGGAGGACUCCUGGGAGGACAGUCCUUGGAGGACUCCUCGGAGAACAAUCCUCGGAGGACUCCUGUGAGGACGCUUUGGAGGACGCCUCGGAGGACUGUCCUGGGAGGACGCCUCGGAGGACUCCUCGGAGGAUGCCUCGGAGGACUCCUCGGAGGACAAUCCUUGGAGGACGCCUCGGAGGACUCCUGGGAGGACAGUCCUCGGAGGACUCCUCGGAGAACAAUCCUCGGAGGACGCCUCGGAGGACUCCUGGGAGGACAGUCCUCGGAGGACUCCUCGGAGAACAAUCCUCGGAGGACGCCUCGGAGGACUCCUGGGAGGACAGUCCUCGGAGGACUCCUCGGAGAACAAUCCUCGGAGGACGCCUCGGAGGACUCCUGGGAGGACAGUCCUCGGAGGACGCCUCGGAGGACAGUCCUUCGAGGACUGUCAUCCGAGGACUCCUGUGAGGACGCUUUGGAGGACGCCUCGGAGGACUGUCCUGGGAGGACGCCUCGGAGGAUGCCUCGGAGGACUCCUCGCAGGACAAUCCUCGGAGGACGCCUCGGAGGACUCCUGGGAGGACUCCUGGGAGGACAGUCCUCGGAGGACUCCUCGGAGAACAAUCCUUGGAGGACGCCUCGGAGGACUCCUGGGAGGACAGUCCUCGGAGGACUCCUGGGAGGACAAUCCUCGGAGGACGCCUCGGAGGACUCCUCGGAGGAUGCCUCGGAGGACUCCUCGCCGGAUAAUCCUUGGAGGACACCUCGAAGGACUCCUGGGAGGACAGUCCUCGGAGAACAAUCCUCGGAGGACUCCUGGGAGGACAGUCCUCGGAGAACAAUCCUCGGAGGACUCCUGGGAGGACGCCUCGGAGGACUCCUGGGAGGACAGUCCUCGGAGGACUCCUGGGAGGACAAUCCUCGGAGGACGCCUCGGAGGACUCCUCGGAGGAUGCCUCGGAGGACUCCUCGCCGGAUAAUCCUUGGAGGACACCUCGAAGGACUCCUGGGAGGACAGUCCUCGGAGAACAAUCCUCGGAGGACUCCUGGGAGGACAGUCCUCGGAGAACAAUCCUCGGAGGACGCCUCGGAGGACUCCUGGGAGGACAAUCCUCCGAGGACAGUCCUCGGAGGACAAUCCUCGGAGGACGCCUCGGAGGACAGUCCUCGGAGGACAGUCCUCGGAGGACGCCUCGGAGGACGCCUCGUAGGACGUGUCCCUGAAGUCCGAACUUGCCUUGCGAGCGCCAGACGGCAGCCGCUGACCUCGCCCAAACCAAGAAGGAGAAGAAGGAGGAGGAGGAGGAGGAGGAGGAGGAGGAGGAGGAGGAGGAGGAGAAGGAGGAGACGGUGCACCUCAGGGAUCAUUUCUCCAGCUUUUAGUGCUGAGCAUUGCUGCGAUGGACUUUCACUUUCUCUUUUGUGCUCCGUGGACUCUGCCGCUCCCAAGAGGGUCACACGGUACAAGAACUGCCGCGCUCAGCUCCUCAAUCAGCACUUUAUCCCAAGUCGAAGGCGGUUUCCGUGGACUCUGCGCUUUAUUUAUCAGCUCAUUGUUGGCUUCUAACUUAUUUCCUGCUAUUUAUUUCUGCCUCGCACUUCCUGUCAUCCAGUGCCAUCCUUUCGCACGGAAGUACAACUGCUGCAAACGCCUACCUCGGGCUGUGCGUCCGUGUGUGUGUGUGUGUGUCUGUGUUUAGAUGUGUGUGUAUUCAGAUUUGUGUUAUUCCGUGAAGUUGUCACAUUAGACACAACUUUUUGACAGAUAGCGUUCCUGCUAACUUACUUGAAGACCACAAAUACUGAACUGCGAAAACAUGAAUUUUUACUCACGGCGUCUCCUGCGGUGGCUUCAGCACGGAAUAACACUAGGCGCCCCCUAGUGGUGAGUGUAGGGAACGGAAAGGCAAAGUCUUUUUACACCUUCAAGUCGCGUGUAAAAAGGGUUCCUGCUUUGCACAAAUCUGAAUACGCAAACACAUUUUUUUACACAAAGAUUGAAAUAUGGAAACAGAUUUUUUUUUUACACACACAUAAAUCUUACUGGGCAAAAGUCAGUCGUAAGAGGAAAGCCAAUCAGGUUCACACAAAUCUGAUUACACAAACACUUUUUUUUUUUUUUUUUACACACACACAGAUUUGUUUACACACACAAAUCUUACAGGGCAGAUGUGUCACAAAAGUCAGUUGUAAAAAGAAAGCCAUUUAGGGUUCCUGCCUCACACAAAUCUGAAUACACACACACAUUUUUUUACACACAGGAAUACAGUUGUUGUUUUUUUACACACACACACCAAUCUUACAGUACAGAAGUGUUGUUAAAGUCAUGUUUUAAAAAAUAAAAAAAAUUAAAAAAAAGAGCCAAUCAGGGUUCCUGCUGCACACAAAUCUGAUUACACAUUUAUUUUACACACACAUUGAAUUACAUUUUAUUUUUUUACACACACACAAAUCUUACAGGGCCUAAAUGUCGCUAAAGUCAUGUUUAAAAGAAAAACAGCCAAUCAAGGUUCCUGCUUCACACAAAUCUGAAUACACAAACACAUUUUUCACACACACACACAAAUACAAUUUUUUUUUUUACACACACACAGAUUGAAAUACAGAUUUAUUUUUUUACACACACACACACACACACACACACACACACACACACACACACACACACACACACACACACACACACACACACACAAAUCUUACAGGGCCUAAGUGUCACUAAAGUCAUGUUUAAAAAAUAAAAUAAAAAUAAAAAAAGCCAAUCAGGGUUCCUGCUCCACACAAAUCUGAAUAUACACACACACACAUUGAAUAAUUUUUUUUUUUUUUUACACACAUAAAUCUUACAGGCCCUAAAUGUCGCCUGUUUAAAAGAAAAACAGCCAAUCAAGGUUCCUGCUUCACACAAAUCUGAAUACACAAACACAUUUUUUACACACACA